AUGUCACUUAAUUUGAAUGACCUAGUUACUCAAAUCAUUAAUACAGCCCCAAUUGGGGAAAUUAAUGAGGUCACACGUACCUUGUCUUCCAUUGUUCCUUCAUCAAGUACAACCACGGUCAGUAAGACUGUUGAGGAAUACGUUGAGGAGAAUGGUAUUAUUCUACUGGGCCAGUACAUCGCCAGUAAAUACAACAAGGAUAGCAAUUCCACAAAAUUUUGGGAUUAUUCAAGCAAGCAAAAGUUCAAUUAUGAUAUCAAGUCCAAUAGAGCAAUUGAUUUCGAAAGGGCGGAACCAUUAGUCGCAUAUCCUCUGUUUUACGGAGAGCUCGUCGAGGCACUCCAAACUUACGGAGAAGAUCACUAUCCCUCUGAAUUUGGUUACGCAGUAAUUCCAGUCUCAGAUGAGAAAGUCGUUGUUGUAUUGAUUGGGCAGAAAACGAAUCCAGAGAAUUUUUACACAGGGCGUUGGAAGUCAGUUUACACUUUCAAUUCCGCUAGACACACGAUCGGAUCUGUGAAAUUGGACAUUCAUUAUUAUGAAGAUGGAAAUGUCAGACUUAAUUUCGAAGAGAAUAUCGAUCAGUCAACAGCAAGUUUUGACGCAUCCGGCAUCGUUAACUUUAUCAACAAUACUGAAAACAAGUUGACUUUCAAGGUCAUUGAGGAGUUCAAUACCUUAAACAAGAACACAUUCAAAUACUUAAGAAGAUUGUUGCCAGUUACAAAGUCAAAGAUUAACUGGGGAAAGGCCAUCGGAACAUACAAAUUGGGAACAGACGUCGUCAACCAAUAG